AUGAGUUCUGCUAAACCUAUUAAUGUAUAUUCAAUCCCGGAGUUGAACCAAGCUUUAGAUGAAGCCCUACCUUCUGUUUUCGCGAGAUUAAAUUACGAGAGAUCAUACGCUUUACUCGAUGCUAAAUUGUACAUAGGUUAUUCCAUAGCUGUUGUAGCUGGUUUGAGUUUCUUCUUGGAUAAAAAAUUUGAGAGAGAUCAGAUUGUUACGUAUCAAAAGCUUUUGGUAGGCGCAUAUUUUGUGCUCUCGCUACUUUUCUGGUAUUUCUCUCGUUUUAUUGAAAAGGGGACUGUUUAUGUGGGAAAGAGAAGAGGUACAAAGGAGGAAAUAUAUGUAAAGACAAAGUUCGAAAAGAACGAACCAUUAUAUCUGGUUGAGCUUGUUCAGAAAAAAAAGGGAGAAAACUCCAAGAAGGAGUUGAAGGCAAAAUUAGAAGUGAAUAAGGUUUUUAAUGAAAGUGGAUAUUUACAGAACGAUGCGUAUUUUAAGUGGUUCUCUGAACAGCACAAUGUCCUCGACACCAAAAAAAAUGAAUAA